AUGUCAAUACUGCCCAAAGUCAACAAACGCCCUUACCCCAAGCCAGAGCACGCGACAUGGGACGAUGCAUGGGGACCACAGGAAGUAGGGCAUCUGGCGUCAGACCGCAUUUCCAGGUGUGCCAGAGGCAUCUCGCAUCGAGAUAGACAACAGAAAAAAAAAAGAAAGACAAAUAAUAGAAAUAAAUUGUAA